AUGCGCCGGCGGCGCGUAGGCUCAGCCAAAGCGCAGCUUGCUGGUAAAGGCCGGUCUUUUCCCAUCGACGCCUCGCAGACGCCCUUCGGCCUCCUCAGGGUGUUCAGCGUUGUCAUCCCGUUCCUGUACGUCGGGACUCAGAUCAGUAAGAACUUCGCAGCCCUGCUUGAAGAACACGAUAUCUUUGUCCCAGAGGAUGACGACGACGACGAUUAA